CGCCGGCGGCGCAUGCUCCGUGGGCUCCCAGCCCCGCCGACUAGCGUCGGCGCGGGUCUCGGCUGCCCGAGGAGUCCCGGCCGGCCUGCGGGCAUGGCGGCCAGCCUGUGGAUGGGCGACCUGGAGCCCUACAUGGAUGAGAACUUCAUCUCCAGAGCCUUUGCCACCAUGGGGGAGACGGUGAUGAGCGUCAAAAUUAUCCGGAACCGCCUCACUGGGAUCCCAGCUGGCUACUGCUUUGUAGAAUUCGCAGAUUUGGCCACAGCUGAGAAGUGUUUGCAUAAAAUUAAUGGGAAACCCCUUCCAGGAGCCACACCUGCAAAACGUUUUAAACUGAACUAUGCCACUUAUGGGAAACAACCAGAUAACAGCCCUGAGUACUCCCUCUUUGUGGGGGACCUGACCCCAGAUGUGGACGAUGGCAUGCUCUAUGAAUUCUUCGUCAAAGUCUACCCCUCCUGUCGGGGAGGCAAGGUGGUUUUGGACCAGACAGGCGUGUCUAAGGGCUAUGGUUUUGUGAAGUUCACAGAUGAACUAGAGCAGAAGCGAGCCCUGACAGAGUGCCAGGGGGCAGUCGGACUGGGGUCUAAACCAGUGCGGCUGAGCGUGGCAAUCCCCAAAGCGAGUCGUGUGAAGCCAGUGGAAUAUAGUCAGAUGUACAGUUACAGCUACAACCAGUAUUACCAGCAGUACCAGAACUACUAUGCCCAGUGGGGCUAUGACCAGAACACAGGCAGCUACAGCUACAGUUAUCCCCAGUAUGGCUAUACCCAGAGCACCAUGCAGACGUAUGAAGAAGUCGGAGAUGAUGCAUUGGAAGACCCCAUGCCGCAGCUGGAUGUGACUGAGGCCAACAAGGAGUUCAUGGAGCAGAGCGAGGAGCUAUACGAUGCACUGAUGGACUGUCAUUGGCAGCCCCUGGACACAGUGUCUUCAGAGAUCCCCGCCAUGAUGUAGCAAGGACAAAGGAAAAGCCAGAAUGGACUAUGUGAGGGAUAUAAGAGACUCUUUUAAAAAAGAAAAAAAAAAAUUCCAAGAACUUUUACAUUUUUACGUUUUGUAAGAUUUUGGUAAUUGACUGUUUCCUGAGAUUAUGAAUAUUCCUGCAACACUUGUUGCCUUCGUUUAGAUAGGGAGCCCUUUGAUUUUAAAUGAAAAUCAAGGGGCCAACUGUUGAAGAGGACUGAUGGACAUGGUUCCAAUUUGUCCUUGAACAAUCAUUUAUCCAGUAGGGUUAUCUACCCUUGGAGAUAAGAACAGUUUGGAAUUAA